AUGACCUCUUUCACCUACGAAAAACUUCCUCCCGAAGAGGACUCGCCAUGGAUUCGCCUCGCUCACUACAAACGUCCUCCCGCAGAUGACUCGCUAUUUAAUCGCGAUCGCUCCGCGAACUAUGUGGAAGAACCCAUCAGUCUGGAAUUGAAGGUGCAUAAACUGAACGAGUGCCCUGAGUUUUCUUUUUGGACGUACCUUUGGGGCGAACAUUCCGACCAAAAGACUAUUACGUGCAAUGGCGCCUCUUUCUCCAUCUCCGCAAGCCUCCACUCGGCCCUAUCCUUCCGCAGUGUUGACUUCUGGGACACGCAGUGGGACGAGAAUAUUACCGCGGUUUGGGCUGAGGAGCUCUGCAUCAACCACCAAGACAUCCAAGAAAAGUCUGCGCAGACAGCAUUGCGCAGUAGGAUCGCGACACGUGCCCAUUUCAAGCAUGCGUGGCUGGGUCCUUGGACCCGCGAGGUAGAGCUCGGCCUCAUAAUGACAUCGUAUAUAGAGGAACACUUGCAUCCCCGUUAUGCGUGCUUUGGUAGCAUGCCGCACCAUGCAAUUGAAAAGACGUGGAUUGACGCGUUUACUCCACUGGAUCGUCCCGGCAACCCCCAACCCAUUGAGAGGCGCGGACGCGGCGAGAAGCACUACAGCUUUUACAAUGCUCUGUUGCAAAUGUACACUGCUCCUUUAUUCACCAGCAUAUGGGCUUUGCCGGAUAUCCGUACAGCCACGGACCCCCGCGACAAAGUCUUUGCUUUACUGGAACUCACGUCCACCGACGUGGAAGCCUACGGCUUAAGAAUCGACUACGACAUCCCGCUCAGUGAGCUCUACAUUAACACCGCAUGUGCCAUCCUCUGGGAGACACGAAACCUCGACCUCCUCGAACUCAAGCACGGCCGCUCUUCCAUCCCACACUUACCCUCCUGGGCCAUCGACUGGAGCGACACGUCCGAGCAACCCAUCCCCUUCACGCAGCGCCCGGCGCACACGCGCUCUCUAGCCGGCACAACGCCACUGCACCGCCUCGUCGGCAGCCUAAUCGCACAGCCCACCGUAAACUGGGACGACGUGCUCUUCGUCGAGGGCAAAGCCCCAUCCGAGCCAUCCACCCCUUCCGACACCCUCACCUUCACAGCCAGCGGCAACCGCUCCCUCUCGCAAGUCCUCCAGCUCCCUCCAGCCCCAACCCCAACAAAACUCACCCUCACCGGCCACGCAAUUGACACCAUUGCCGCCCUCGCACCCGCUCUCAUCCCGCCCCUCCUCCCCCCUUCAACUCUCAACGCUUGGGCCAACGCCUCCCGCGCUGACCUCCUAGAACAUAACCUCCCGGCCAUAACCGUCUUCCUCGCCCACCUGGCCGCCUACCUCCGCACUCUCCGCGCUUGGCACCGCUUCGCGCUGCACCACCCCAAAACCAACAAUCCCGCGUACGAGCCCGAGCCUGAAUCCCCCUUCCUCGCCUACAUCGACACCAUCACCGCCGCCGCUUCCCCCACCCCCACCCCCACCCCCACACCCCAUCACGCCCACAACUACGCAGCCUUCCUAACCGCACAACGCCGCGCCCGCGCCCUCGUGCACAGAGACGCCCUAUCUAUCUCCCCACCCGGCCUCGCCACGCUCGCAAACCUCGACAACAGGUGCUAUGCCGACGAGCGAGAGCGCGCCGCCGUCGCGGAGGCAGAGCGCAAGGCUGCGAAAUGCGCGGGUUGGGCUAGGCGGUGGCGGGGGGUGUGGGGUGUGUUUGGGGGGAGGAGGGGGAGUGUUGGUAAUGCUGGGGAGGGAGUGGAUGAGGUCGUGGAGAAGGCGGUUGUGGAUGGUUAUGAUGACGAUGAGAAGGAGGAGGAGGAGGAGGAGAAGGAGGAAGACGACUGGAGCAGUGAGAAAAAGGGUGUGGAUUAUGAUUAUGCUUCGCGUGUGAGCAGUGAAGUAGACGAGGACGAGGACGAGUGGGACGAAGAACACAUCAAAAACAAGAGCGCCGACGCAGACAUAGACAUAUACACAGACGCCCAAGCCACCGCCUCCACAGCAGCAGCAGCGUUCGCAUCCGCGAUGCGCAUGGCGCAUCAUCGGCGGCUAGCGCGCACAGCACGGGGCCGGCUGGCGCUGGUGCCAGCUGCGGCAGAAGCAGGCGAUAGCGUCGUGCUCGUGUGUGGGGGGCGGGUGCCGUUUGUGUUGCGUGAGGUGGGUGGGGUAGGGGAAGGAGGGAAAGAGUGGAUGCUCCUAGGCGCAGCGUAUGUGCGGGGCGUCAUGGCGGGGGAGGCGUGGGAUGAGUGCGCUUGUGGGGGGUUUAGGGUUGUUUGA